UGGGUUCAGGGGGCUCCUGCCUGGGCCCCUGUUUCCUCCUCUGAAUAGGGGCACGCAUUCAUCCUUCAGCAAACAUUUAUGAAGAACCAGGGGCAGAGUAGUGCCCCCACAGGGUCCUCAGUCAAGACAAUAGGCAAAACCCCGUGAAUGGUCACGGUGAUGUGUGCCCGAUGAAGAGAGUGGAUAUCCGACAGCUUCUCGGUUGGCCUGGCUUGAGGAUUCCUCAGAUCCAGGCACCGGAAGGGGCCCCACAGAGUCGGUACUUGGUGAAUAAGAGCGGGGGCCCUGGAGCCAGGCUGCCUGGUUUAAAUCCCUGCCCCCUUACUUUCCACCUGUGUGACCCAGGGCAAGUGGCUAUACUUCUCUGUGCCUCCCUUUCUGAUGUGCACAAAAUAGUCCUAACUUCCAAGGUUGCCAUGUGCUUCAUCCGGUGCCCACUGCAUAGUAGGUGCUCAGUAAACACGUAGUGAACAAAUGUCCCUUUGGUCUCCUGCAUAUUUUUCAGGGACAGUCUGGCUAUGUUUUGCCUUCUGUGUCUUGUAACAUUUCUUAAUCAGCCAAAAGGACUGAAUGGCGCCUCGAGGCUGUGCCAGUCCUGGUGGGAGCAGAUUAGACUUUUUGUCUUGCUGGGGAGAGGAUUCAGCAGGAAACAUUUACGGAGUGCUUACUGUGUGCCAGGUGCUGUUCUGUCCAUUCAUUGAUUGAUCCUGUCAAACUAUUUAUUAAGUGCCACCUGUGUGCCAGUCAUUAAUGCAGCUGUGAACAAGAUAAAUGAAUAUCCCUGUUUUAGCGGUGCUGACUCAGGUGGGAAGCGAUGCAUUCUCAACAAAGUAAGUUGGGAAACCUAUAGUGUCAGGUCUACUGCCGUGUCCCCCAUGAGACUCGGUAUGGUGAGCACGUAGGGGACUCUGAGCAUGCAGGAAGGCAGGUGGUGUGGAACAUGCCUCCACCACCCAGUGCUUCUGCUGCCCACGGCCGCACUCACCUAUGCCCAUGGCCUGCACGGGCCUGUCGCUCUCCGGUGCCUUUGACAUUCUAGGUGCUGCAGGCCAGGACAAGCUCUUGCAUCUUAAGCACAAGCUGAAGACCCUGCGCCCAGGCUGCCGGGGGGCGGACCUCCUGCAUGCCAUGGUGCUCCUGAAGCUGGGCCAGGAGACCGAGGCCAGGAUCUCCCUGGAAGCGCUGAAGGCGGAUGCGGUGGCCCGGCUUGUGGCCCGCCAGUGGGCCGGCAUGGACAGCGCCGAGGCCCCAGAGGAGCCCCCAGACUUGUCCUGGGCAGUUGCCCGGGUAUUCCACCUGCUCGCUGAGGAGAAGCUGUGCCCGGCCACUCUGCGGGACAUGGCCUACCAGGCUGCCCUCCAUACGUUCAGCUCCAGGAAUGACCACCGGCUCGCAGAGCUCCAGGGAGAGGCCCAGGACCACUGUGGGUGGGGUAUCAUCGGGGACCCAGGGAGCUUCCAGCCCCUUCACUCUGAUCUGGGCUGCCUGCCACCAUCCUCAGUGUCACCCUCGGGCACCCGCAGCCUUCCCCAGCCCAUCGAGCACCUUUCGGGCUGGAGCAGAGGGCGUUCCCUGAGAUCCACCGGCAGCCCCGCCUCCCUGGCCAGCAAUCUGGAAAUCAGCCAGUCGCCCACCAUGCCCUUUUUCAGCCACCACCGCAGCUACCACAGGCCCAGCAAGCUGUGUGACGAGCCCCAGGCCAGCCCGGUGCCCGAGCCUGCCCCCAUGGGCUGCCAGGAGCCUGAGGAGGUGAGCUGGCCACCCUCGGAAGAGACUGUCAGCCCCGCAUCGAUGGAGACGGCCAGCCCCCCACUGGGGGAGACUGUCAGCCCCUCAUCAGGAGAGGUGGUUAGCCCCUCAUCCGGGGAGAGUGCCAGUCCCCCAUUGGGGGAGGCUGCGGGUCCCCCAUCGGGGGAGACUGCCAGCCCCUCAUCGGAGGAGGCUGCCGGUCCCCCAUCGCGGGAGGCUGCGGGUCCCCCAUCGGGGGAGACUGCCAGCCCCUCAUCGGGGGAGACUGCCAGCUCCCGGAUGCUACCAAACAGCUCAGCCCCUAGGCUUACUGAGCUGGUCCCAGAUGCAAGCCCUGGCCAGCCCGACUCCCCCAAAGCUCUGGAAAUCAGCACCUACUACCCGGUGGAGUGCACAGAAGCAUUGGCAGCCCCCAAAUCUCUCCCCUCGCCCUCCAGAAACACUUGCCCUGACAAGGACCGGCCCCCACUCCCACUUCCUGUAGAAGAUACCGCUUCCCAGGUGGCCAGCUCAUGCCCACCUGCGCCCUCAGCCCUAAGGACGUCCCCUCCCUGCCCUUCAUCAUCGACCUCUUCUUCCACUGGCCUGGCCUCCUCCAGCCCGUGCCCCCCUUCUCCCGAGUUGGAGUCAGAGCAGAAAUUCUAUAACUUUGUGAUCCUGCACGUUGCGGCGGAUGAACACAUUGCCCUGCGAGUCCGGGAGAGGCUCGAGGCCCUGGGGGUCCCUGAUGGGGCCACCUUCUGUGAGGAUUUCCAGGUGCCCGGGCGGGGCGAGCUGCACUGCCUGCAAGACGCCAUCGAACACUCGGCCUUCACCAUCCUGCUGCUCACCCCCAACUUCGACUGCCACCUGGGCCAGCACCAGGCGGGCCAUUCGCUGAUGAGCAGCCUCACGCGGCCCGGGUGGCAAGACUGCGUGAUCCCCUUCCUGCCCCUGGAGAGCUCCCAGGCCCAGCUCAGCCCCCACACGUCCAGCCUGCUCGUCGGCCUGGUGUGGCUGGACGAGCACUCCCGGAUCUUCGCCAGGAGGGUGGCCAACACCUUCAAGCCGCAGACACUACGAGCCCGCAAGGCGCGCUGGAGGAAGGAACAGGACGUGCGGGCCCUGCAAGAGCAGCGCCGGCGCCUGGAGGGCGAGCAGCGGCAGGUAGCAGCACUGAACGCCGCCUACUCGGCCUACGUCCAGAGCUGCUUGUCCUGGCAGGCGCAGAUGGAGACGCUCCGGGCGGCCUUCGGGAGCCACAUGCCACUUGGGACUCCGGUGCCCCCCGGGGGCCCGGGGCCUCUGGGCGCCGCCCCGCCCUUUCCCUCCCGGCCGGGCCAUCAGCCGGCCGCUGAGCCUCCGUGGCCGGCCGGCUCGCCCGCGGCCGCCUUCCCGCCGCCCCCCGCCUUCCCGCCGCCCGGCCCGGCGCCCCCUCAGAGCCCCGGGCUGCAGCCCCUCAUCAUCCACCACGCCCAGAUGGUGCAGCUGGGCCUCAACAACCACAUGUGGAACCAGAGAGGGACCCAGGCGCCCGAGGACAAGACGCAAGGAGCAGAGUGACCGCGUGGCUGGGCCCGAGGACCCGGACCUUGGCGACGCCCCCCACCGUUUCCGGGGGCGGGGGGUGGGGGCAGAGGAGCGUGACGUCAUCGGCCGCUCUCCGGAAACUGCGAAAUGGGCCCUGACGACUUCCUGGCGCGCAGGGUGGCCAGAAUUGGAUGUGGCAUUUACAAAUUCUCACCCGGGUGGUGGGGGGGGGAGUGGGCUGGGGGAUGUGGGCACCGUGUUUUAACUAUAAUAAAUAUUUAUUGAACGUUUCUGCGGUGCCGUUCUCCUCUGGGAGACUUCAACUGUUCCCCAAAAGGGAACCAGGAGGGAGGAGCUCGCUUCUCCCCGUGUAAGGCAGGGACCGAACGUCGUGCGCAGUUUCUCGCAUUUCAUUGGCCAGAGCCUAGUCACGUGGUCCCUCGGCUGCAAGGGACGUUGGGAAAUGUAGUCUUCUGUUGGGCCGUGGGCUUUGCUAAAAGUUUUGGUUCUAAUACCAGAGAACAUGGAGAGAAAAGACACCGGGGGACACUUAGCACUUACUGCUGUAGCCCCUCCUUUUUUUUUUUUUUGCCAAAGGUUCCUGCCUUGAUGUGUCGUGUCCCCCACUCCCCACCUUGCUGGGCUCAGAUCCGACCAUGUGAUCUUAGGCAAGGGCCUUCGGCUCUCUGAGCCUCGAGUUCUCAUCUGAGAAGUGGGUUUGAUGUUUCAAGGUUGUCAGCAGAUCCUGUGUUGAGACACUGAACCUCGCAGUGUAAGUGCUCAUUAACCGCCAGCUGGAGAGGAGGGGAUUAAUCUUUUUUCAGGGUCACAGACCUUUGAGAAAGGAUAGAAUUAACACUUGUUGGGCACUCACAUUUACGGAUUGUGCAGGCUUUGAAGAUCUAAACGUAUUCGAUUUUAUUUUUAUUUUUAAAAGUAAUCUCUGUGCCCAAGGUGGGGCUCGAACUCAGGACCCUGAGAUCAAGGGUCACACGCUCCACCCACUGAGUCAGCCUGGCGCUCCUGAACCUAUUUUAAUCCCCAAAGUUGACCUCCCUCAGAGUAGAAGCUUAUAUUGUUGGGCUCAUUUUACAGAGAGGGAAAACAGGCUCAAAGGGGUGAAUCUGGGUCCGCACGGUCACACGGGUCAGAAGUGGAGGAAUUAUAAUUUCCAAGGGAGGGAGCGCCGCAAGGCAAGGGCGAACUCCAGCCGGAGGAGCCAGGAAGCUGCCAGCCCCUCCCACCUAACAGCCUGGCUCAAACAUUAACUUUGCAAGCCCUCUCCUCCGUUUCCUGGGGCCCCGGAGGGCGGGCCUGGCUGAGUCACCCAGGCCGUCAGAUACCACUGGUUAUUUUAGUCGCUGACUCAGAUUUUGUUGGGGCUCAGCUUCCUGGAGCCUCCGCAGCCCUGAAGUGAAACCUGGGGAGGAGCCCAGGAGACCAGCUUCCAGGGUGGGCCGAGGUGGGCUGGGUUCGUGGACAGACGGUUUCUGAUCAUGGAGGCGAGAGCUGGCUGCAAAUAACUGGACGAUUGCGAUGAACGGGCCAUUCGUUCGUGUGAACAUUUAUUGAGCGCCUACUGUGUACCCAGUUUGUCCCAGGCACUGCAGUGCCCUAGGAGCAAAGGCAGUCGCAAUCUAUCCCUUGCUCUCCUUUCAGUCGGAGGCGGAGGAGAGGGGACAGCGAAUGAGUCAUCACAGGAAGAAGUGAGAUAAUUUCAGAAAGUGAAGGGCUAUCAGAAGAAAUGAACAGUGAGAUGGGGGUGUCCCAGGGGGGAAAACUUUGGCCCAAGUGGCCAGGGAAGGCCUCUCUGAGGGGGUGAUGUUAGAGCCAAGACCCGUAGGAAGAGGAGCCGGCCAGGAUGAGAAGAGCUUGAGGACUGGGGUGAUUUUCUGGGCAGAGGAAACAGCUCGUGGGCAAAGGUCCUGGGGCAGAGCCCUACCUGGCAUGUUGGAGGAACAGCAAGGAUGCCUGUGUGACUGGAGCAGAAUGAGAGAAGGGGAGGGAGGGAGGAGGGGAGGGCAAGGAGGGGUCGGUAGCAGGCUCCUGCUGGGCCCUGGGGGCUUCGGGGAGGACUUGGACUUUUCCCUCAGGGAGGUGGGAGUCCUGGAAGGCCUUGGGCAGAGGAGGGCAGGACCUGACUCGAGUGCUCACAGGCGCCCUCUGGUGGCUGCUCUGGGAAGGACAGGUCAGGAAGUGGGGGGGGGGGGGGCAGGGCGCAGCGCUGAACCUGGGACCAGAGCAGUGGCAACAGAGCAGAUCCAGUCCAGCCGUGAUGGGGACUGGACCCAGGUGGAGGCAGAGGAGGUACAAGUGGGCACAUUCAGAGCGUGAGUCUUUAUUUCAUCCCUGAGACAUUGUGAGACUUGGGACAAGUCACAGCCCUUUCCUGGACCUCAUCUUUCCCAUCGGUCCUAGUGACUUCAGGUCUGGAGCUCCAAUACUUCGCACGUCCCCGUGUCACUCCAGCAUACUUAAAGGACAAGCAUUUUGAAAGCCCUGGGCCGAGGCUUUUACAUGCUGGCUGAACUUAUUUCAUCCUCCCAGCAGCCCAGGAGCUGGAGACUAUCCUUGUCCCCAGUUUACAGAUGAGGACACUAAGGCCCAGAGAGGGGAAGUCACUUAUCCAAGGUCACACAGCACGCAGUAGCCUUUGGGGGCUGAAGAAGGAGCCAGGUGUCUCUACUGGGUUCCAGCCCAUACGGAGAUCAUGAGACUGCUCGUUCAUUACAUCUAUUGUUUUUUGUUUUUGUUUUUGUUUCUUAUUCUGUGAAAUAGUCUUAUUCCUUUCCUGGCUCCUGGAUCUGUCUGGGGCACUGUAGUGUCUUCAGCGCCCAGGGUAGUUGCUCAGGAAGUGAAUCCUUUUGAGGAACAAUAUGUGGAGCACCUGCUGUGUGCAGGUCCGUCUGGGGCGCUAUCCCUGCCCCCUAUGGAAUUCCCUGGGCAGUGGGUGGAGAGGAUGUGAUUCAUCCAUCUACUUAUCCACCCACAUUUAUUGAGCUCCUACUGGGUGCAGGCACCUGUGGGCACAGGGGCAAUUGAGUGGUCACCAUACCCCCAAGGUGACCUGAGACAACACUGUCCUGUUCUCUCAGGGCUCACGGUCAGCUGCCAGAGACAGAGACAGUGACCAGGGGAAUCAGGCCUGUGAUGGAGAAGUGUAGGGAGCUGCGGCGGCCCAAAGGGGACUGCUGACCAGCCUGGGGGGAUUCAGAGAAGAUUCUGGAAGGAGGAAGCAAGCUGAGACUUGAGGCGUAUGGUGGAAUGAGCCAUGGGCUGGGAAGAGAGCUCCCGGAGGUGCACAGAGCACCGGCAAAGGCCCGGAGGCGAGAGUGUGAGCUUGGACAGCUCCAGACAGAGCAGCGCUUCGCCAGAGCUGGGGGCUCAGCCACACGUCCUGCUGCCCUGGCGCCCCCUGGUGGCCGCCACCGCUCCAAGGCCAGUGCGCCCCCAGUGGCCACCAGGCCUGGGGUGUUUCCUGGGAAACCCCCUAUUCCCACUAGGACAAACAGCCUUAAGGAAAAAUAGUGGGGAAUUUUUUUGAAAAUUUCCCCUUCUUUAAGAACUCUGAAACAUGCAUCAAUAACAGAUGAUUUGUCCCUGCUAGCAAUGAUGUCUUUCUGAGAUGAUUAGAUCUUGUACAAAUGUCCUCCCGCUCUCUGGGCCCAGAGACGGCAAUGCAUUGCCCAGUGUCACCCAGUGCAUGCGUGGCUGCCACCGAGCCUGGGCAGAACUUGAGGGACUUUGAAUCUUGCAAAUCUUCUGCAUCUCCGGCGCAAUCUGGGUGGUCCACCAGAGGUCCACCUCCUCUGCCCUCCGUCCUCCAGGGCUCCCACCUCCCUGGAGGUACAAACCCGGGUCCUCCCCGCCGCCCCCAAGGCGCAGCGCGACCUGCCCUCCCCUCCUCUCCCUCUCCCCCCCCCAUCUAGUCUGUACGAGCCACACGGCCUUCAACACACAGAUGUGGUCCUGCCCUAGGACCUUUACACAGCUGUUCCCUCGCCUUGGAAUGCCCUUCCUCCAGACGCCAACAUAGCCCCCUCCUCACCUCCUCCAGAUUUUUGCCCAAAUGUCAUCCUCUCAAUGGAGAUUUCUCUGAUCACCCCACUUAAAAUCAUUUACAACCUCAUCCACCCUCCCCACCCCGUUCUAUUGUUCCCUAAUGCUUAGCACUUUUAGACAAAAAUAGUAAGUCACUUAUUCACUGAGCACAUUGUUUAUCAUCUGCCUUCCCAAGAGGAUGGGAAUUUUAUCUGUUGAUUUCACUGCUGGACCCCAGUACCUGGCACAUAGCAGGUGCUUAAUAAAUGACUUUGAAUUAAUGGGCACAUCUUUUUAUCUUUAAAAUAACCUCUUUGUGGGGCGCCUGGGUGGCUCAGUCAGUUUGGCAUCUGCCUUCGGCUCAGGUCAUGAUCUCAGGGUCCUGGGAUCGAGCCCCACGUCAGGCUCCCUGGAAGAGUCUGCUUGUCCCUCUCUCCCUGCCCCCACUCGUGCUCUCUCUCUCUCUC